AUGAAAGAGAGGAAGUGGAAAAAAGUUCCAGUAGAUAGAACGGUAGAAGAAAAUGAACUGUUGACAGUUUUGGCUGGAUUUUUGAAGAAAAUCACAGAAAGGUUAUCCGAUUCUACUUGUUCAGGCUUAUUCUGUGUUGUUAUCAAUCCUUACGAGCAUUUGCCAAUUUAUACGCAAAGUAUUUGUAAACUUUACAUUGGGAAAAGACGAAAUGAAAUGCCUCCUCAUUUAUUUGCUGUUUCGGAUGAAGCAUACCGAAAUAUGAUUAACGAACUUGUAUCUGAGGAAUUUUUGCAAAAUUUGAUUGGAAAUACUGUCUGCAAGCAUAUUCAUAUGUUUUUUGCUAAAAUUAUGAACAAAAAUCUUCAAGAUCACAUCAAUCAAUCCAUGCUGAUCAAUGGGGAAUCAGGAGCUGGCAAAACAGAAAAUACAAACAAAUUUAUAGCUUAUUUUACCAUUGUUGGCGCUACUCAUGCAAACAAUAUAAAUCUGGGAAAUAGUGAAGAAUCAGCUUCUAUAGAAGAUCAAAUAAUACGCACUAGUCCUGUACUGGAAGCUUUUUAUCUCUUGGAGAAAUCACGAGUAAUCAAGCAAGCGCCAGGAGAACGAUGCUAUCAUAUCUUUUAUCAGAUUAUGUCUGGACAAAUUCCUGGAUUAAAAGUGAAUUUGGCAUUGGGAGCUUUAGCAAAGGCAAUGUUUGCUCGGAUGUUCGCUUGGCUCAUCAAAAGAUGCAACGGAACUUUGGAUGCGCAAGAUCGUAGUAGAGAUCACUUUAUAGGAGUACUGGAUAUUGCUGGAUUCGAGAUAUUUGAUUUCAGUUCAUUUGAACAGUUAUGGAUUAAUUUUGUAAACGAAAAAUUACAACAAUUCUUCAAUUAUCAUAUGUUUGUACUGGAACAACAAGAAUAUCAGAAAGAAGGAAUUCAAUGGGAAUUCAAUGAUUUUGGCUUAGAUCUUCAAGCUUGUAUUGAACUUACUGAGAAGUGCAAAAAAAUUUGCAUAAGAAUAAACUUUAAGCCACUUGGAAUUAUUUCAGUGUUUGAUGAAGAAUGUAUUGUGCCUAAAGCAAGUGAUUUAACGCUAGUACAGAAGUUAGAUGACCAGCAUUUUGGAAAGCAUCCUAAUUUUCAAAACCAAAACCGCCAAAGGGAAAACAAGUCAGCAUUUAUUCAAUUUCAUUUAUCACAGAAACUAGCUGAUGCUCACUUAGCCAUAGUUCAUUAUGCGGGUACUGUCCGUUACAAUCUGACCAGUUGGCUGGAAAAAAAUAAAGAUCCAUUAAAUGAUUCAGUGAUCAGUGUAUUAAAAGCAAAUACUGGUAUUGCUUUAAUGUCCCAAAUUUGGGAUGAUUAUAAAACACAAGAAGAUAUUGCUAAUCUAGAAAAAGAAGGUAAAUGUAGUAAGAAGAAACGCAAAUCGUCAUCUUUUAUGACAGUUUCCAUGAUAUAUCGAGAAUCAUUGAGCAACUUGAUGGCAGUGCUUUACAAAACUUAUUCACACUUUAUUCGUUGCAUUAUACCAAAUGAGAAAAAGAAAUCAGGAAAAAAAUUUGUGCAGGAUGAAGAAUUUGAAGCCCUAACAAAAAAAGUAAAGAAAUUAGAAGAUUGCUUGAGUCAUGAAGAAAAAUUACGAAUGGAUUCAGAAUCCUAUUUGAAGCAAUUAGUAGCUGAAAAUGAAAAACUUUUUGCGCAAUUUCAACAUGAACAAAAUGCAAAAACUGAAAAAGAAAAAAAAUUGCUAAAUUUUCAGCAAUCAGAAAUAAAACUAAAAAACAAGCGUACAAUGGCUCAUUUAGAAGGCACUUGUAGUAAAAUAGAUCGAGAAAAGCAAAGUAAAGAUUAUCAAAUUCAGUCCUUGCAGGUUGAAAUUAGAUGUCAAAAUGAAAUGCUCGUAAAAGUUGGCAAAGACAAAAAGCACCGAGAAAAUGCUUGUUUUUUUGAAUUGUUCAAAAAUCAUUAUGUCACAUUUCAAAGACAUCCAGAGAAAGAGGAAAAAUUAAAUUAUUUAAAUAAAAUAUGUAAUACCUUGGAACAAAAUUUGGAUAAAAUGGAAGAUGAUGUGGAACGAGAACGAGGUUUACGCUAUGAUGCUGAAAAAAUUAAGCGUGGAAAAAAUCGUAGUGAAAUGCAAGCAGAACUUGAAAAACUUAGUGACCACUUAACUAAAGCAAGUGGGAUCACGCAAGUGCAAGUUGAGCUUAACAAGAGACGUGAAGCAGAACUGAACAAAUUGCAUCAAAAAUUGGAUGAUACAUCGUUGAAGGCAGAAAUAGCUCUUGCUAGCUUACGUAAAAAACAUAACGACGCUGUGGUAAUACUUUCCCAGCAGUUAGAUUCUGUUCAAAAAGCACGUGUUAGGUAUUGUAUUUAA